UGUGAUUAAAAACAGGAAGUGGUCGUUCUGCAAUUAUUCAGACAACGCUGGAAUCUGCUGUUUUCUCGUUUUUCGGGUGCCAUAUACGCCUUGAGUGUUAAGAUACAAACUACCAAGUGGGGUACAAUGGAGGUACUGGGAUUGGUGGACAUUCCGACCUGGCUCCAAUGGAUUCUGGUAUUGGUCGGAUUAGUGUCUGCCUAUGUCAUAUCCAUGUCAUGGAACCACGGAAUAUUUAAGAAGAUGGGAGUUGACGGACCUAAACCUCAUCUAAUAUUUGGAAAUUUUAAGAUGCUCCUUAAACAUGGAGUGGUCAAGACGGAUGAGAACAUGUACAAGAAAUAUGGCAAAGUGUUUGGCAUACAUGAAACGUAUGUUCCUUCCCUUUUCAUCGGUGAUCCAGAACUGAUAAAGGAAAUCUUGGUGAAGAAAUUCAAAAGUUUCCCCAACAGGAAGAAUAUUUUGGAUGAUUUUACCGAUCGAACAAUGUCUGAAUCGAUGUCAAUUCUAAAAAAUGACCGCUGGCGAUUUGUCCGGGGUGCCAUCUCACCGACGUUUAGUGGCAAAAAGUUGCGACAGAUGACACAUCUGGUAAAUAGUUCGGUUGACAAGCUGUUGGAAAAUAUUGAACGAAAGGUAGAAGUAGAUGAAGACAUUGACAUGAAAAAAUUCGUAGGACGUUUUACCACUGAUAUGGUUGCAAGUACCAUUUUCGGUCUUGACGUGGAAAGGCAAUAUGAUAAAGAAGAUUCUUUCACCAGACAUGCCCAAACUCUAUUUACCGUGGACAAGCUUGGCUCUUUUGUCUCAAUUAUUUAUCUUGCUCGUUUUCUGGCUUGGAUUUUGUUAUAUAUAAAUCGCUAUGGAAAAGGCAGCAUACAACAGAAAGCAUUCCGAUUUUUUCUACAGACCACAGAGAAGGCCAUAGAAGAAAGAAGAGAAAGUUUAGGGAAAUACAGCGAUUUUCUUGGAAUAUUGGUCGAUAGCGAAGCCAAGAAACUUGAAGAAAAGCACGAUGAAGCGGCUGGUGUACGUACAGAGAAAGAAGAUAAUCAAACAUCCCCAAAACAGUGGACUAGAAAGAAACUCACUGAUUCAGAGAUCAUAUCGCAAGCUCUUAUGCUCAUGUUUGCUGGUUAUCACACGAUAACAAACCAACUGUGUUUCAUCUUGUAUCACCUGGCUAUCUACCCGGACAUAUGUGACAAGCUCCUUCAGGAAAUCGACGAGAACCUCAAUGGGGAGGUCCCCACCUACGAUACAGUUGGUAAGCUUACCUACCUGGAGAUGUGUAUUAAUGAGACAAUGAGACUCUUUCCUGCUGCAAACAGGCUUACGCGUGAGGCUUCGAAUGACGUCACCAUCGGUAAUAUCAACAUUCCAAAAGGUUUGGUAAUACACAUACCCGCGGGAGCCAUACACAAGGACCCACAGUACUGGUCAGAGCCAGAAACAUUCAACCCCGAGAGGUUCACACCAGAAGCUAAAGCUAGCAGGAUUCCCUUUGUUUUUCUGCCAUUUGGGGACGGACCUCGAAAUUGUAUUGGGAUGAGGUUAGCCCUCCUGGAAUUAAAGAUUGCUGUUGGUAGAAUUCUUCAGACAUACAGGCCUGUCAAAUGUUCCAAGACAGAGGUUCCAAUCAAGAUUUCCAACCUAGGAAACAUUCCUGUUGGAUUGUUCCUAAAAUUUGAAAAGAGGAACUGAGAUCCAGAUGAACUUAUGCUGUAGACCACAGUUGUACUGGUGACAUUGAAUGAUUUGUCUGUUAUAAAUGACAAGUAGUAAUUCUGGGGAAAAUUAGUGUUUUAUAUAGAUAUUUGUAUCUGUAUAGUGAAUUCCAGUUAAUUAUAAUGGUGCUUGUAAUUUCUUAAACGGUCAAGAACUUGUUCCUUUGUCCAACCUUUUUAUCGUUGGCUAUUUACAUGUAGUAUAAGUUACCAAACUUUUGUUAUUGACAACCACACAGGCCAAUGUAAACAAAAGAACAGAUGAUAUAUCUGUCCAUGUAAGAGAGGAGUCAAUCGCAUUAUUGAUUAUUUACAUCAACAUAUUUUAGCAAGCAGCUAAAGAUAACAAAAUGAAGAUCGGUUUGUGGUAAGUUGUGACUCGCUUGUGGUUUACUCGACAGUGAUGUCUCUGCCACCACUAGCCGUUACUCGGACGUGGGUUACUCGUCGUUGAUGUCUCUGCCACCACUAGCCGUUACUCGGACGUGGGUUACUCGUCGUUGAUGUCUCUGCCACCACUAGCCGUUACUCGGACGUGGGUUAUUCGACAUUGAUGUCUCUGUCACCAGUAGUCGUUACUCGUACGAGAUUUACUCGACAUUGAUGUCUCUGCCACCACUAGCCGUUACUCGGACGUGGGUUAUUCGACAUUGAUGUCUCUGUCACCAGUAGACGUUACUCGGACGUGGUUUACUCGACAUUGAUGUCUCGGUCACCAGUAGCCGUUACUUGGACGAGAUUUACUCGACAUUGAUGUCUCUGCCAUCACUUGCCGUUACUCGGACGUGGUUUACUCGACAUCGAUGUCUCUGUCACCAGUAGCCGUUACUCGGACGUGGUUUACUCGACAUUGAUGUUUCUGCCAUCACUUGCCGUUACUCGGACGUGGGUAACUCGUCGUUGAUGUUUAUGAAAUCUACAAAUGUUCGGUUUUCACGCGCAUUUUCAGUUGCAAUUAAUACCGAAUCACAUAACACAAAAUACGUGUUAAAAUUUGUUGACGUUUUAGUAACAUUUAAAAAUCAGUAAUUGUUCUCAGUAAUAUUAGAAUAAUUUAAACGUUGUAUUCUAAUUUGAAAGUUGUAGUAUCAUUGGUGUGUCCCGUGAUUUGUAUGUGCUUUGAUUACAAUGUAUAAAUUUACUAUCGGUAUUCAAUGAUGAUUUUUAUGUACAUUUUGUAUUACUGUCAUUUUUUAUCACUAUAAAUUACCUUUAUUUGGAUUUCUCAUUUAUACGUUAAAUAUCAUACUUUGCGAAAUGUAUGUGUCUGGAAAUGAAUUACAUAUACAUGUAAUUCAAAUACAUUGGAUGCAGUUAUCAAUACAUUUUCAAUUAU